AUGGAUUCAUUUGAUGUUAUAGUUAUUGGUGCUGGUGUUGUUGGUCCAACAAUUGCCACGGCUUUGGCGAGACAAGGUAGAUCAGUUUUAAUUAUAGAACGAGAUUGGUCAAGACCAGAUAGAAUAGUUGGUGAAUUAAUGCAACCAGCAGGUGUAAAAGCUUUAAAAGAACUAGGUAUGGUUAAAGCAUUAAAUAAUAUAGAAGCUAUAGAUUGUACUGGUUAUUAUAUUAAAUAUUUUAAUGAUUCAAUAUCAAUUGGUUAUCCAGAAAAGAAAACUUCACAAAUUUCAAAUCCUAUUAAGCCUGUUUCUGGAUGUAUUGAAAAAGAUAAUGAUAAAUUAGAUAGUGAUUCAACUAUAAAUAUUGAAACUUGGGAUAAUGAUGAUAGAGUUAGAGGUAUAUCAUUUCAUCAUGGUGAUUUUAUACAAAAUUUGAGAAGUAUCUGUAAACAUGAAAAUAAUGUUACUCAUUUGGAAGGUACAGUUACUAAAAUAUUAAGAGAUGAACAUAAUUCAAAUGUUAUAAUAGGUGUUGAAGUCAAAGAUAAAUUAGGAAACUUGCAAAACCAUUUUGCAAAAUUGACAAUUUCAUGUGAUGGUAUAUAUUCAAAAUUUAGAAAAGAAUUGGGUAAUCAUACACCACAUAUUGGAUCAUAUUUUGUUGGUAUAAGUUUAUUUGAUGCAAAAUUACCAGCUAAAAAUAAAGGUCAUGUUAUAUUAGGUGAUCAAGCACCAGUUUUAAUUUAUCAAAUAUCACCAGAUGAAACAAGAAUGUUAUGUGCAUAUGCAUCUACAAAACCACCAUCAUCAACAAAUAAUGAAUUAAUGAGAUAUUUACAAGGUGAAGUUUUACCAGUAAUACCUAUUGAAACCUUACCAUCAUUUAAAAAAGCAUUAGAAGUUGGUAAAUUUAAAAUCAUGCCAAAUCAAUAUUUACCAGCUAUAAAACAAUCACUGAAUAAAAAUAAUGGACUUAUAGUACUUGGAGAUGCAUUAAAUAUGAGACACCCAUUAACUGGAGGUGGAAUGACCGUUGGUUUAAAUGAUUCAGUAUUAUUAGCAAAAUUGUUACAUCCAAACUAUAUAAAAGAUUUACAAGAUUAUAAAUUAUUAAACCAAAGAUUGGCUAUAUUUCAUAGAAAGAGAAAGAAUUUAGAUUCAGUUAUAAACACUUUAUCAAUUGCCUUGUACUCAUUGUUUGCAGCCGAUAGAAAUUCAUUAAAAAUUUUACAACGUGGAUGUUUUAGAUAUUUUGAAUUAGGUGGAGAAUGUGUUAAUGGACCAAUUGGUUUAUUAAGUGGUAUGUUACCAUUUCCAAUGUUAUUAUUUAAUCAUUUCUUUAGUGUUGCAUUUUAUGCAGUUUAUUUAAAUUUUAUAUUCAGGGGUUUAUUAGGGUUCCCAAUAGCUAUUUAUGAAGCAUUUGAUACAAUCAUAACUGCAAUUAUAAUAUUUACACCAUAUUUAUGGAAUGAAUUAGUUAAAUAG